AUGGACGAUCCGGGAUUGAUAUUCUUUGAACAAACAAAGUUUGCUCUAAACAUGAUCUCCAUUAUCGGACUAGGUCUUGUCAAAUCGUCGAUUUUGGUGUUAUACAAGAACAUCUUUGACGUACGAAAGUUUCGCAUCGUCGUAUACUGCGUGCUUGCUUCGAGCUACGGAUACGGAUCAUCAGGUCACGGUUUUGGCUCAUCCGCGCUGAACGGCACCACGAAAAGUACUACGUUUGGCGGCAAGUUGAUACGCAAGCCAUACCAGGAGAUUGACGAGAUCGAGCUGACGGCGCGCUCUGAAGCUCCUUCUACGCCUCCCGAAGACGCCUCAACGCUAGGCAAGCGCGGUAUUACGAAGGAAAUCACGAUUCACCAGACGUUGGGAUGA